GUUAAAACAAUCCUUCGUUAUCAAGUUGAUCUUUUUAAAAUUUUAAAUUCACCCUACUGACAAACAAGCUCAACUCCAUCUUCAUGGGCACUCUUAAGAAAACUUCCAGCUGUGCUAUACAUGCUCUGUAAACGAUCAAGACUAGCACAGGCGCCUUCAAAGGGUUAAUGCUUUUAAUUUGAAACCUAAAAAAGACCCAAUUUCAUUUAAAAGUUGUCGCCAAUAUUAUCGGACAAUAAACCUUAACGAAUGGCUAAAUAUUAUGGAGUACUAAAAUAAUUAUUAUUUAUUCGUGAUGAUACAUUUGAAGACCAAGUAGAAAACAUUGGAUGAUCUGUGUGUUGGACUGCAGACUAAACUAAAUACAGAAUUUAAAUGAAAAUUAAUUGAAAUUAAAGAUCAAAAUAUUAAAAAUGUUUACCUGUUUAAAAUAUAGUGUUGAAAUGUGCGCAAGCAUCGAUUAAUCGAUUUACUAUCGUCGUGGCAGCGUCGCUUUGCCACACUGCGCAGUGCGCACGAAGAAUAGAGGGAGAAUGAAAAAAAUGACAUAAAUGGCGGAAAGCAAACCUAGCGCCAACAUUCGUAUUUUCGUUUAAUUUUCGCUCCAAAGUGCAAUUAAUUCCGGCUUCUUGAUCGCUGCAUAUUGAGUGCAGCCACGCAAAGAGUUACAAGGACAGGAGUAUAGUCAUCGAGUCGAUUGCGGACCAUGUACAAGCGCAAAACCGCGAGUAUUGUUAAAAGAGACAGCUCCGCAGCGGGCACCACCUCCUCGGCUAUGAUGAUGAAGGUGGAUUCGGCUGAGACUUCGGUCCGGUCGCAGAGCUACGAGUCUACACCCGUUAGCAUGGACACAUCACCGGAUCCUCCAACGCCAAUCAAGUCUCCGUCGAAUUCACAAUCGCAAUCGCAGCCUGGACAACAGCGCUCCGUGGGCUCACUGGUCCUGCUCACACAGAAGUUUGUGGAUCUCGUGAAGGCCAACGAAGGAUCCAUCGACCUGAAAGCGGCAACCAAAAUCUUGGACGUACAGAAGCGCCGAAUAUACGAUAUUACCAAUGUUUUAGAGGGCAUUGGACUAAUUGAUAAGGGCAGACACUGCUCCCUAGUGCGCUGGCGCGGAGGGGGCUUUAACAAUGCCAAGGACCAAGAGAACUACGACCUGGCACGUAGCCGGACUAAUCAUUUGAAAAUGUUGGAGGAUGACCUAGACAGGCAACUGGAGUAUGCACAGCGCAAUCUGCGCUACGUUAUGCAGGAUCCCUCGAAUAGGUCGUAUGCAUAUGUGACACGUGAUGAUCUGCUGGACAUCUUUGGAGAUGAUUCCGUAUUCACAAUACCUAAUUAUGACGAGGAAGUAGAUAUCAAGCGUAAUCAUUACGAGCUGGCCGUGUCGCUGGACAAUGGCAGCGCAAUUGACAUUCGCCUGGUGACGAACCAAGGAAAGAGUACUACAAAUCCGCACGAUGUGGAUGGGUUCUUUGACUAUCACCGUCUGGACACGCCCUCACCCUCGACGUCGUCGCACUCCAGCGAGGAUGGUAACGCUCCAGCAUGCGCGGGGAACGUGAUCACCGACGAGCACGGUUACUCGUGCAAUCCCGGGAUGAAAGAUGAGAUGAAACUUUUGGAGAACGAGCUGACGGCCAAGAUAAUCUUCCAAAAUUAUCUGUCCGGUCAUUCGCUGCGGCGAUUUUAUCCCGAUGAUCCGAAUCUAGAAAACCCGCCGCUGCUGCAGCUGAAUCCUCCGCAGGAAGACUUCAACUUUGCGUUAAAAAGCGACGAAGGUAUUUGCGAGCUGUUUGAUGUUCAGUGCUCCUAACUGUGGAAGGGGAUGUACACCUUAGGACUAUAGCUACACUGCAACUGGCCGCGUGCAUUGUGCAAAUAUUUAUGAUUAGUACAAUUUUGACUUUGGAUUUCUCUAUAUCGUCUAGAAAUUUUUAAUUAGUGUAAUACCUUGUAAUUUCGCAAAUAACAGCAAAACCAAUAAAUUCGUAAAUGC